AUGCAUGGUUACGUGAAGAUGAUGAAGGACUUGAUAUCCCGCAAGUUUGACUUUCAAGACUUGGCCACGAUUAAACUGACUCAGGCCUACAGUGUUGUUAUGACGAGACCUAUAGCUGAGAAGCUAUCUGACCCAGGGAGAUUCACAAUAGGUAACUUUGCAUUUGCUAAGGUACUAUGUGAUCUGGGAGCAAGCAUAAACCUUAUACCCCUAGCUAUCUACAUAAGUCUAGGCAUUGGAAGAGCAAGUCCCACGUCUAUGCUACUACAGCUGGCUGACCGAAUAGGGAAGAGGCCCUUUGGGAUUCUAGAUGAUGUAUUGGUCCAGGUUGGGAAGCUUGUGUUCCCAGCAGAUUUUGUCAUCCUUGAAUCCUUAAUUGAUUGUGAAACUGGAGAGCUCAAGAGGAGAUUAAAUGAUGAAGAGAUAACAUUCAACGUGCAGAAAUUUAUGCGGAGACAAAGUGAAUUUUCUAAUUGCUCUCUAAUAGAUGCACUGGAUGUGGUCCUGGAGGAGGAAGAUGAAGCUUUGAACAUUAAAUACCCUCUAGCAACUUGUCUCAUUAACUUAGACGAAGCUAACGGUGAAGACUUGGAAGAGUGGGUACUUGCUCUUGAAGGCCAAGGUUUUUGGAAAAGGGAGCUUGAAUUUGAGGCUUUGUACUUAGAGGAAAGAAAAACUUCUCCAGCUAAGCCAUUAAUAGAAGAGCCACCAAAGUUGGAACUAAAGCCACUACCAUCCCAUCUCAGGAAAUUGAACUUUGCCACCAGGAAGGACUAUUUCCCACUGCCAUUCAUUGAUCAGAUGCUAGAUAGAUUGGCAGGGAGGUCUCAUUUUUGCUUUCUGGAUGGGUACUUGGGGUAUAAUCAGAUCUCUAUUUCCCCGGAGGAUAGGGAGAAAAUGUUGUUUUCCUGCCCUUAUGGAAUCUAUACUUUUCGGAAAAUGUCGCUUAGCUUAUGCAACACACCUACCAUAUUCCAAAGGUGCAUCAUGGCCAUCUUCACAGAUAUGGUAUAG